UGAUUUUAGUUGACCAUAGGAAAUAAGAGCUAGUGCGUAAACAUCCGCAAUACGGGUUUGAUUGAAUAAGCUCUCUCUCUCGCUUCCCUGCUUGGCUAUACUCAGUUGACUGUCUCCUCUGCUGUAGUCCACUGUCCGCUGUUUCCCUUGACACAGAAGGCACAAAAGACCCUGAGAGGUAUGGUGUGUGUGUUGCUGGAUGAAGCGUCAGUGUGCGAGAGACAGUGUGGGCACUUUCUUGGGUGAGAUAGUACAUUGUGUGUGUUUGUGUGUUUGCGUCUGUGUGACCCAGGCUCAAACCUCUCUUUGCAGCUGCCAACAUCAGGUAUGAAGAAUCGUUUACUAUUCCUUUGCCUAUUGGCCUCAGCAUUUGCUGUGUCUGUCAAAGGCAAACCUCACGACAAACAUCAAGCUUUAUCCAAGUCCUCACACACAGCUAAAGAGAAGGACAUUGUUCCAGAUGAGGCCAAUGAGGGGGAGGUCUUGCCGACUUUCAUGACCUUUGAGUCUAGCAGUCAGGAGCAGGAAGACGAGGACAUGAGCUACGAGGACAAUGCUAAUGUUAAUCUGGGUCCCUCCAAUGAGGAAGGGGUGUUCGAGGUGUCUGACAGUGGUGAGAGGAGCACACCUGUCCUGCUGAGCGAUAAGGCACUGGUGGACCUCCUCCAGGGGGAGUCAGAGGAAGAAGAGGUGGAAGAGGAGGAGGAGGAAGAAGAGGAGGAGGGAAAGAUCGAGUCUGAGGAGACACAGUCUGAAGAGGAGGAGGGAGAAGAAGCGGAGGGAGACUUGGAAAAGGAGGAGGAGGAUCAGGAGGUGGUAGAGGUGGAGGAGGAGGUGGAUGUGGAGGCAGAGAAAGAGGCAGAAAAGGUGGAGGCGAUGGCGGAUGAGGAGGAGUCAGUUGAGGAUGAGGAGAAGGGAGAGGAAGAGGAGGAACCUGUGGUCGGGGACCGAGGAGUAAAGCAAGAGGCUGAAGUCGAAGAGACGUACAGCAACACCGAGCCGGAGAUUCCAGAGGAUCUGGACUACGCAGGCGAUAGUGACAACACACAGCCCCUGGAAACCGAGCUUGAGGAAGGGAAACCCCUUGCCGAAGAUGCCCAGCUCCUCUUAAAUAAGGAAGAGGAGGCAAAGGUGGAGGAGAAAGAAGAACAAGUUAGCAAGGAAGACGAAAUCCCCACUGCCACUGAUGACUAUGAGUCCCAGCAGGACAUACAAGACACCGAGGCCUCUGAGAGCCAGGAAGUGCUCGGCCAGUACAAACUCCCUGAGGGAAGCAAGGACCAGGAGAAAGGUUCCAAGGACGAUUCCCAAGAAAAGGGGAACAAUAAAAAAGACGGAGACACGGACGCUGAACUCCAAGAGACAAAGAACAGUGUGGAUCUUGAUGGGACACGUCUUGCUGUAGAAGGGGGAGAAGAGAAGGAGGAGAAGAACAUAAACGAGAGAGCCAGUCACACCCUAGGCAAAGCUAGGAAGCAGAGGAAGAACCAGAGGGUGAGGAAGCACCCCCCACAGAGGGAUGAGGCACCGCCAGGAGAGGGAGUCCCAGACCACCAGGGGGAUGAGGGGGAGAAGGAGCACUACCGCACCACUGACAAUGCUGUCUACAAGCCCAAGCGGAGAAGAGCAGGGAAAUGGGCUCCUCUGGUGGGAAUGAACCCGGUCCAGAUCAGGGCGACAGUGGACCUCUACCCCAGCGCCAGGCCCUCUUUGGCGGCAAGCCUAUACAAACCCCAAGCCUCCGCUGCCGACCCUUGUGAGAACUUCCGUUGUAAACGUGGAAAGACCUGCAAACUCAACGAGGAGAAGAAGCCUAUGUGCGUGUGUCGGGAGCCUUCUGCCUGCCCACAGAGUGUCACUGACUAUGACCAUGUAUGUGGAACUAACAAUGUCACCUACGACACAUCCUGUGAGCUCUUUGCCACUAAGUGCAACCUGGAAGGCAGCAAGAGAGGCCAUAGACUUCACCUGGACUACACUGGACCCUGCAAAUUCAUAGCACCGUGUAUGAAUGGCGAACUGGUCCAGUUUCCUCUGCGUAUGCGCGACUGGCUGAAGAACGUCUUGCUGCAGCUCUAUGAACAUGACUCCAUGUACCCUGGCUUCCUCACCCCCAAGCAACGCAUCAGAGUGAGAAAGAUCCACGAGAGUGAGAGGCGCCUCCAUGCCGGCGACCACCCCAUUGAGUUGCUGGCCCAGGACUUCGAGAAGAACUACAACAUGUACAUCUAUCCCGUGCACUGGCAGUUCGCUCAGAUGGACCAGCACCCUUCUGACAGGUUCCUGUCCCACUCUGAGCUGGCCCCCCUGAGGGUCCCAUUGGUCCCCAUGGAGCAUUGUACCUCCCGCUUCUUCCAGGAGUGUGAUGCAGACAAAGACAAACAGGUGUCCUUCAGGGAGUGGGCCCACUGCUUCGGCAUCAAGGAUGAGGACAUGGAUGUCAACCUGCUCUUCUGAGUCCAAUCAGUACCUCAUCAAGCAACCAGCUUUAAUAAUAAUUUAACAAGAUCACCUUCAAUAAUGGCAGAACCACAUACCUUAAUUGGCAGAAGAGAGACUUGUCUUGAUUUAAACUCUAUGUUUUUGGGAUGCUCUGUAAAGUUAGCCUGGUGGAACCAGCCUAAUUGCUGUGUUCACCAUUAUAUUCAACUUCAAGUAUCAGUCUGGCAUUUAUCCUUAUUGAAACUGUGUCUGUAUGUCUGUAAUGAGAAGCAUUAUUCAAAACUAAGUUGUCAGUGAUGGGAUCACCUUAAACCAAUCAGAGGAUGACCUAAUUCAAAGCACAGGAUUUUGGGGGUGGGUUUUCUGAGAGGACCCUGAUUUGACCAGUUCAUUUCUACUGCAAAGUACAAUUGACUAAAAAGUCAAAGUGAGAAUGGACCACUGUCCUUCCAUGUCUUAUGUCAUAGAUGAAAGAGGAGGAUAGUUCAUGUUGUCUUUACAUCAGACUAAUAUAAAACAAAUUUGGAUUUAUAAAUAUGUGGAUGUUCUGUGAUACUGUAUGCAGAUACUGUAUAGCUGAUAGUGGUAUUAGUAGAGUAAGUGAUGAGAUUAUUUUUUUUAGCAAUUAACAAUGAUAUCAGUGUUAUGAACACAUUCCAAGAGGGGGAAGGUUUACGAGUGCUUUUUUGUAGAUGACAGACAAGAAAAAAGAAAUGGACUUCUAUGCAGGUGAGACCGAUCAAUUUACUUUUUGACCAAAAUAUUACAGUAUUAAUUUUAAACAUUUAAGUGGGAGCAUAACAAUACUUUUUUUGUAUGAAAACCAUUUGUAAUUGACUGUCAAAAUAAAUUGAGCUGUUAAAAGGAGAAAUUGAAAUGGCAGUAAUGGAGUAGAACAUGUGAUGUUGACAGAAUUACUAAGAGUUGAAUGCUGCAACAGUUUUUUAUGUCUUGCCUGAUAUAGCUACUUCACUAACCUUUCUAAUAAAAGUAAUUUUGACCUCAUCGGA